CGGAAAUGGACAAUUUGCGCGUCCUCUCUGUCGCUGUGGGAGAAAUGUGCGCAGCAGCAGAGCCUUAGUGGUCUUCUGAAGUGGAAAGGCAAGAUUUGAAGUCUCCACUGAUGUUGACUGGGUGUAGAAACCUUCCUCGGACAUUUUUUUUACCCACCUAUAGAAGACUCUGGACCAGGAGGACCUUGACCUCACAGGCGUCCCCCCCUCCAUCUCCCCCAUCACCAACUCACAGCUUCUUGACAAGCCAACACACUUCAGUCCCCCUCCACUCAUCCGUCCACGUCUCUUCCGCCUGCUGCCUCUCUCAUUCAGCUCACUGCCCAGGCCUGAUGGAGCUAAAAGACGUUCUGCAGGUGAUGGAGCAGCUCGCUCCUCUCUCACUGGCUGAGUCGUGGGACAAUGUUGGUCUGCUGGUGGAGCCCAGCAAAUCUCGGCCUAUUAAAACCAUCCUGCUAACCAACGACCUUACAGAUGCCGUCAUGGAGGAAGCAGAGGCCAUGAGCUGUGACCUCAUUAUUUCGUAUCACCCCCCGUUGUUUCGGCCAAUCAAGCGUCUGGUUCAAAAGGACUGGAAGCAGCGAUUGGCCAUCAGGGCUGUGGAGGCCAGGAUAGCGAUCUUCUCCCCUCACACGUCGUGGGAUAGUGUUAAAGGAGGAGUGAAUGACUGGCUGGUUGGGGGUCUUGGCAGCGGUCAGGUGUCUGUGCUGAGUCAGGCCCCCGGUGGCGCCUCCCACAGUCACAAACUGGAAUUCACGGCCAAGAGCAUGGAGGAACUAAAUGCUGUAAUGGAGGAACUGAAGGCUUGUGGCAGUGGAACCACUUUACAACAUUCAGUCAACAGACCGGACAGCAGUGGGAUCCAUGCCAGUGUGACCUGCAGUGACUCAGCGCUGACCCCCAGUGUCCAGACGCUGUUACGACACAAUGCUCCCAGCCUGUCCCUCAGCAUCCUAAAGUUAGAAAAGCCCCCUCUCCCGGGCCACGGCCAAGGGCGACUUAGUGUUUUGGACCAUCCAAUAACCGUAGCAACAGCCAUCCAGAAAAUGAAGUCACACUUGGGAUUGGGUCACCUCCGUUUGGCUCUGGGAUUGGGACAGACGCUUGAGUCUUCUGUGUGUACUGUGGCUGUGUGUGCUGGAUCUGGGGCCUCAGUACUGAAUGGAGUCAGGGCAGACCUCUACAUCACAGGUGAGAUGUCCCAUCAUGAGGUGCUGGACGCUGUGGCGAAGGGGACCAGCGUCAUCCUCAGUGACCAUAGCAACAGCGAGCGGGGUUUCCUGGCUGUGUUUAGGGAGAGGCUGGCUGUGCGUCUUCCGGACAGUGUGACAGUGGUGGUGUCCAAGGCUGACAGAGACCCUCUGGAGGUGGUCUGACCGACCCAAGCCACAGGAUGCACUAGUUAGUCUGUUGGAUGAAUUUUCACUGUUUUGACUGGUUGAAAAUGACAACAUCACAAAACACUGUUUGCUGUAACUGAUCGUGAAUGAUGUAAUGAUAAAAAGUCCCUCUUUGGUUCAUGUUGGAAUAUUUAUUAUGUAUUUCUGGCAGGGUCUUAAUAAAAAUGGGUACUGGU